CCAUUCCAAAUUUCCAAGCAACCAAAUACCAAUACCCCAAACACAAUCUUCUUUUAAUAACCCACAUUCAUCAUGACUGGACGCGGAAAGGGUGGCAAGGGUCUCGGAAAGGGUGGUGCUAAGCGUCAUCGCAAGAUUUUGAGAGACAACAUCCAAGGCAUAACUAAGCCUGCUAUUAGACGUCUCGCACGUCGUGGUGGUGUCAAGCGUAUCUCAGCCAUGAUCUACGAGGAGACCCGUGGUGUUCUGAAGAGCUUCUUGGAGGGUGUUAUCCGCGACGCUGUCACAUACACUGAGCACGCCAAGAGAAAGACUGUCACAUCCCUCGACGUUGUCUACGCACUCAAGCGCCAAGGACGUACUCUCUACGGUUUCGGUGGUUAAACGGUUGCAUAUUUACGGUUCUUUUCUACGUCUAUUAUGAAUUUUCUUCCUCGACUUGUUGUGUCGGAAGAUGGGUGUGUUACGGAAAUGGGUCUUUGCUUUCAGGUGUUUAUUGUAUCAUAAGGAUAUUGGGGUAUUCCGGCAUGGUUGGUCCAUGAGAUAAUC